AGAAAACAUAGAGUGGCAGAGGCCAGAGGGGGUGAUAAAAAUGAAAUCCCGCCAGUUUUAGGGCACACUUUUUCCUCCGUCCCUAACACCCUUCACUCUCUAGGGAUUUUGGCUUUUUCGUUGGUAGAUCUCUGUGACUGUGUGUGAUUGCCCCUCUUUCUAUCUCUCUCAGGUUUUGGGAAAAUUAGCAAUUGAUUUUCCAUGGCUAACAAUCCAUCACAGUUGCUCCCCUCAGAGUUGAUUGAUCGGUGUAUAGGUUCAAAGAUAUGGGUGAUAAUGAAAGGUGACAAGGAGCUUGUUGGCACUCUUAGAGGCUUUGAUGUCUAUGUUAACAUGGUCCUUGAAGAUGUUACUGAAUAUGAGAUAACCGCUGAAGGGAGACGGAUAACAAAGCUUGAUCAGAUUUUACUUAAUGGAAACAACAUUGCCAUUUUGGUCCCUGGUGGUUCACCUGAUCCAGAAUGAAUACUGCUACUUAGUUCCCUUUUUUGGGUAUUGUUUUGAACUAUGGUGUUCUAUGCAUCAAAGUCCUCUAUUUUAACGAGGCUUCUAAUUCCAACCUAGAUUUUUGCUCGUCUUUUUGUGUUUAGAUACGUGUUUGUAGUGUAAUGGCUGUUCAGCUUCGAUCAUCAUGGUGAAUUAUGGAUUGUCCGAUGUGACAAGUAAUGCAACUGAUUACAAGAGUUAA